GUACGCGGACUGAGCUGAAUGGUCUACUUUGAUAUUUAGGCAGCACCCUUGUACUGUAGAUAUGUUACACUUACGAGCCGGAAAACAUAAAAAACGAGCUGUUCUAGGUUACAAUCAAGUCUUCAAAGAAAUUCUGUUUUGAAACAUGAUCAAUCUACAAUGGAGAGAUUUCUCCUGGACAACGUAGCUCUGUACCAGACCCUGGUCAAGCGAUUCAAGCCGUCGCCGGCUGUGAGCUACACAAGAGGCGGCGAGAGCACCGAGACGCCCAGUCCAGACAUAGUUGUGAGCGUCAGGAUACGGCCUCUUCUCGACGAAGGACUGACCUCGGGCUUCCCCUGCGCCGUGUUUCCGCGCGCCGAUGAGACAGGCGUGGUCGACGUGCAUGAUCUCUACCACCAUCCGAGGGGACGGCCCAUCCUCAAGUCCUUCAAUUACCAGGUGGACAGACUGUUCGGUCCUGAGGCGACCACACGGGAAAUCUACGACAGACAAGUGGAAGACCUGGUCUCAUUCGCGUGGAACGGAGGCAUCGGGACGCUCUUCGCCUACGGCCAGACAGGCUCGGGGAAAACCACCACCAUCAGCGGACUGGAGCAGCUCACGGUCACGUCGUUGAUGCGCAGAGGGGAGGGAAAAUCCGACAGACGAAAAGUCUACAUGACCAUUAUCGAGUUAGCCGGGAACUUGGCCUACGACCUACUAAGCUCCCGCAAGCCCAUCUCGAUCCUCGAAGACUCAUUCGGCGUCACGCAGCUAGUGGGCGCGGAGGAGCACCUCUUAGUCCAGGAGGGAGGAGACGAUUCCGCGGCGGGCCUAAUUGAGCGGGCGGCAUCAUUCCGGCGCACAGCACCUACGCUCAAAAAUGACGUCUCGUCGCGUACUCACAGCAUCUGUCUCCUCCGAAUCAGCACCCCAGACCAACCGUCUGGUGGGAGUCACGGGACCAGCGACGGAUUCCUCUACCUGAUUGAUCUUGCGGGCUCCGAAGCCGCCCGUGACGUGGCAUCCCACGGUGCCGACCGGAUGCGCGAAACGCGCGAAAUUAAUAUUAGUUUGUCGGUUCUCAAGGAUUGCAUUCGUGGUAAGGCACAGGCCGACGCCCUUGCUUCUUCUGCAUCUCAAGGUCCCAACUCCCAGCGGCAGAAGAAACCACCGCAUGUGCCUUUCCGGCAGAGCACGCUGACCAAGGUCCUCAAACAUGUCUUCGAUCCUGUUGCCACCGCUGGCAAGACUAAGACGGUCGUUGUCGCCUGUGUGAACCCGAGUCUAGCCGAUGUCGGCCCCAGCAAGAAUACACUGCGCUAUGCUGAAAUGCUGCGUGUUUCCGUUCCUUUGUCAGUGAAAACGAAGGCGACUGGUAGCAGUAGCAACAGCGAAGGGGAAAUCAACUCGAUGGUGGUGGGAAUGGCCCCACCACUUGUCACCAGCAGACCCUCGAGCCGUGACCCAGACCCUGCCGCCGUGGCGCUGCCUUGGCGAAAGCGUAUACGCCCAGGCAUGGUUAUCAGUUGGAAUCCUUCGUCGCCUAGCAACGAUUCCGGUGCCAUUGGUAUACUGGACACCAGCAAGCAGCAGUUGGCCGUCGUACUCUGCCCCGAAGAUGCCGUGGGCAGUAGACAGCCAGUGAACGAAGCCCAUCGAAAUGUGAUCAGGCCUCAAGGCGGUCAUAAUGGAUAUCUAUGUGCACAGGUGAUGCCGGGGGCUGUGAGCGGAACCUACGAAGUGAACUUGUGGCAGCAGGUCAUCGUUGACGUUGAGACGAUGGAGAAAGAGGUUAUUCUUGAGUAUGAUGGAACGAGGUACUACCACAUUGCGGGCUAGAUUUAUAGAAUUGAAUUAGUGGAAAGAUAUAUGGUAUCUUUGGCAGGGUCGUGAGAGAGAUGCAGCCAAGUAAUUGGUUUUAAGGUAGGUAAAACACACAAUGAGCAGGCGAGAUCAAUGACUCAGGGAAAAUUAGAGCGGAACUAAGGCUAUUACGCAGGCUUAUGAUACAAUGAUUAGUAUUGUACAGUAUCAAGCAUUUAUGAUACUGGGAUAUAGUAAAAAUUGGGGAUCACACGCAUAUUUAGAACUCAUCUGCGUUCGGUUACAGUUCAACCCCUAUAUCAAUUCAUCGAUUGAAAGUUAGACUAUAUGGUAGGCCGAG